GUUGUUACUUUGCGGCGCUUUCCGCGGGGAAACUGUGUAAUGAGUGGGGAAACUUAAAAGUUGGAGGCUGCAGACCCGGCAUGGGCAGCAAGAAACUAAAACGAGUGGGUUUAUCACAAGAGCUGUGUGACCGUCUGAGUAGACAUCAGAUUCUUACCUGUCAGGACUUCUUAUGUCUUUCCCCACUGGAGCUUAUGAAGGUGACUGGUCUGAGUUAUCGAGGUGUCUAUGAACUUCUAUGUAUGGUCAGCAGGGCCUGUGCCCCAAAGAUGCAAACGGCUUAUGGGAUAAAAGCACAAAGGUCUGCUGAUUUCUCACCAGCAUUCUUAUCUACUACCCUUUCUGCUUUGGAUGAAGCCUUGCAUGGUGGUGUGGCUUGUGGAUCCCUCACAGAGAUAACAGGUCCACCAGGUUGUGGAAAAACUCAGUUUUGUAUAAUGAUGAGCAUUUUAGCUACAUUACCCACCAACAUGGGAGGAUUAGAAGGAGCUGUGGUGUACAUUGACACAGAGUCAGCAUUUAGUGCUGAAAGACUGGUUGAGAUAGCAGAAUCCCGUUUUCCCAGAUAUUUUAACACUGAAGAAAAAUUACUUUUGACAAGUAGUAAAGUUCAUCUUUAUCGGGAGCUCACCUGUGAUGAAGUUCUACAAAGGAUUGAAUCUUUGGAAGAAGAAAUUAUCUCAAAAGGAAUUAAACUUGUGAUUAUUGACUCUGUUGCUUCUGUGGUUAGAAAGGAAUUUGAUACACAACUUCCAGGCAAUCUCAAAGAAAGAAACAAAUUCUUGGCAAGAGAAGCAUCCUCCUUGAAGUAUUUGGCUGAGGAGUUUUCAAUCCCAGUUAUCUUGACGAAUCAGAUUACAACCCAUCUGAGUGGAGCCCUGGCUUCUCAGGCAGACCUGGUGUCUCCAGCUGAUGAUUUGUCCCUGUCUGAAGGUACUUCUGGAUCCAGCUGUGUGACAGCUGCACUAGGAAAUACCUGGAGUCACUGUGUGAAUACCCGGCUGAUCUUCCAGUACCUUGAUUCAGAGAGAAGACAGAUUCUCAUUGCCAAGUCCCCACUGGCUCCCUUCACCUCAUUUGUCUACACCAUCAAGGAGGAAGGCCUGGUUCUUCAAGCCUGUGGAAAUUCCUAGAGACAGAAAAAUGUGCAAACCUGUUCAUCUUGCUGAGAAAAAUCCGCUUUACCGCCACAGAGCAAAAUGUUGGGAAACAGUCUGGUGGUGAAGGUGUUCUCACCCACACCCAUUGUUCUUUGCUAAACGUUUGUUUGCUACGUGUAGACUCAGCUUUAGUCAUGGAAUUUUAGAGGAUGUGUCUCAGAAGUGGGAUCAAGACAAGCCCAACAGUAAUCUGCACCAUACGCUGAUCUGAAACCAUGGCACCAACAAUGGGCACACAGGUCUAACCAGGAAGGGAACAGGAAAUGGGAACGAGAGCCGGGGUUGGGUUGUGUGUGUGGAACACACAGGUAUGUUUUUUUUUAACUCCCUCUUUUUAAAACAUUUCAUUUUUGUGGAGGUGAAAUUUAUAUAAGACGAAAUUAACCACUUUUAAGGAAACAAUUCCAUGGCAAGUAGAUUUCAUCAUGAUGUGCAACCAGCAGCUCUGUCUAGUCACAAAUGUUUUCAUCACCCCAAAAGCAAGACCCAUAACCAUGACGCAAAUGUUCCCCAUUUCCCCCUCCUCCCAGCUCCUGAAAACCUGCCAAUCUGCCUUGUCACUGGAUUUACCUAUUCUGGAUAUUUCAUAUAAAUGGAAUCAUAUAGUAUGUGACCUUUUGUGUCUGGCCUCUUUCACUAGUAUGUUUUCAAGGCUCCUCCAUGUUGUAGCAUGCAUUCUGUUUUAUGGCGGAAUAAUAUUCCACCAUCAGGAUAUACUGCAUUUUAUUCAUUCAUCCAUCAGUGGUCAUUUGGGCUGUUCCACCCUUCAACUAUUGUGAAUAUUGUGCUGCUAUGAACUUGUGUACACACGUAUUUAUUUGAAUACUUGUUUUCAAUGUUUUUAGGUAUGUACCUAGGAGCAGAUUUACUAGUCAUAUGGUGAUUCUGUGUUUAACUUUUUGAAGAACUGCAAUGCUAUUCUCCACAAGGCUGAACCAUUUUGUAUUUCCAUCAGCAAUGUAUGAGCACAGGUGAGAUUUUUGGGGAGUCACGUUUUAAAGUGGCACAAGACCCUUCUAAGAGGGCUGUGUUCCAUGCACACAAAACUCAUAGUCUCCAUGUGAAGACACAAAUUUUGUACAAACCUGCAGGCAGAGAAAGGGGAGAAAAUGGAGCCCUCAGCAUAUAAGUUGAAGGAUGGUUCAGAGAGCAGUGGACAUCACCCAUCACCUUGCUGCGCUCUCCAUGGCUAAGCAAGAGGCAGACCGGAAUUCCACUGGCUACUUUGUCUUGUUUUCACUUCUUUCCAGUUAGUCCCCACUACUGUACCCUUUCCACAGGACUGUAGGGUUAUGGUGACUUUCCCAACCCUAGCCAGGUUCCAGUGGUGAGGGACUCUGUGAAUAUGUGAUCUAGUGUUAGAAUCCCAGAUUUGUGUUCAGAAUCCCAGACUGAACUCUACACAUGCUACUCGUCAACAUCUGUGAGCCAGAAAUAGGAGGAACACCUUUAAAAAGAAACCUACAAACACAAAGUUAUUCAUAGACGCUGUUGAGGGGUAAAGCAGGGCCACUACCUGAGCCCCAUGCAAUUAGACUCAUCACAGGGAAAGGGCAUAACACUGGCUUUUUUCUUAAAACCACCUGGAAGAAGCUGAGCCCUAUACUAAAUUUAUAUAUUAGUAUGAUUUGAUUGGAAGGACAAAAAACACACUGUAUUAGGAUCUGUCUUCCCUUGCAGUCUGGUAGUAUAACUGUCAGCAAUUUUGGAGGAAAGCCCUUCCUGACAGGGGACUGGGAACCCCUGGGAAAUGUCUUUCCUAUUAGAUAUGGAUCUUUAUGGUUGAAUAAGGGGCUGAAGGAGGAAACAGACAACAGGGGUCAGAGAGCAAGGCCAGGGGAGGCCUUUGAGACAAGACAGGAGUUGUGCCCCCUUUUCAGUGAGUCUGGGGCCUCUGGAGGUUGACAAGAAGAGGAGAAGGUGAAGGGUUUGAGCCCUGAGAGAAUGAAUGCUUCCUGUGGGACUUUGCCAGAAGGGAGCUCAUCACACGUGAGUUUUUGCACUCAUAAGCCUAAGGGGCACAAUGGGCUUUGAAAUCCCAACAUCUCCAGCUGAGAACAGGAAGCCCUGGGACUCAGCUUGAAUUUGAGUCCUCCAUUGGAUGUAGUGGGUGCCUGCUUUUCACUAAGUGGAAAGAACUUGUUUUCACUUGCUGCCAAUGAGUAAAAACUGAAGAGCUAGAUUUUUCUUUUCUUUGAAGGUGUUAGUUCAUAACCCCUCCUUGAGACUAAGCAGAGAACCAGUGAUACUACCAUGGAGAGGAGUGGGCCCCUCACCAGCCCCAGGUCAUAAUCAAACGAGCUAUUUUGCAGGAUUAGUGGAUGCAGUAGGUUGAAUAGUGGCUCCCAAAAAUCUAUGUCCAUGCCCCAACACCCAGAAUGUGUAAAUGUGGCCUUAUUUGUAUGAAGGGCCUUUGCAGAAUUAAUUAAGGAUAUUGAGAUAAGAUCAUCCUGGACUACCCAGGUUGGCCCUAAAUCUAAUGACAAGGGUCCUGGAGAGACACGGAGGGGGAAAGACCCAAAGAGGAGGAGGCAGUGUGACCAUGGAGAGGCAGAGACUGGAGUUAAGCAGCCCCAAGCCCAGGAACACCUGGAGUCACCGGAAACUGGAAGAGGCGAGGAAGAAGUCUCCCCGAGAGCCUUCAUAGGGAGCAUGGCCCUGCAGACAUCUUGAUGUGGGGCUUCUGGCCACUAGGACUGUAGAGAAUAAAUGUCUGUCGUUUUAGGCCACUCUGUUUAUGACAGAUUGUUGCUGCAGCCCUAGAAAACUAAUGCAGUGAGGCUGCCCAGCGAGAUGAAAUGACUGGAGAGAGAAAAUCUGGUCAUCUAGAAAACAGAAUUCAUCCCCUGGAUUUGCUGCCAGGGUCUGAGGUGAGCUAAACAUUGUACUGCGGAGCCUCUUUCCUCUUGCAUUCCUCAUGCGUUAACUGCUCAUGGCAGAGAUCGGGGCUCACGGUUUGACACUACUCAGGACCAAGGAAGUUCGAUCAGAUCCUCACAUCUAUUUGAUAUGGUGGCAAUAAUAAUGAGCACAUUCUAUAGAAUGUUUAACAUGUGCUAGGUAUGUCACAUGUAUUAUAUCAUUUAAUCCUCUAAACAAUCUGAUGUGGUUGCUAUACUCAUCGCCCUCUUACAGAUGAGGAGGAAACUGAGGCUCUAGGAGAUCAUGUAAUCUGCUCAAGGUCAUUUGGCAAAUGCUACUGGAACCAGACCUUGACCCCAGGUUUGCCUGUGCUUGAUCCACACUAUUACAAAAGGUUCUAGCCCCACAGAGAUGGUCAGGCCAGCAUCCUGUAGCACUCAACUGCUGGAUGAGAAAGGAUGUAUUUAUUUAUGUAUGCAUUUUACUAGCAGCACUGGCAUUAGCGUUUCUUUUUGUCAGUGAGGGUUGGAGUUACGGGGUCGAUUGAGGUGAAGGUUGCUGAGGUGACCUGGUGGAUCCUGCUAACAGCAGAUGGAUGUCAAAACAUUUGCAUUCAGGGGGAGAUAAAGUCAAAACUGGGGCCAAUCAACUUUCUCUCAGCACCAAGGCUCUGAGGUCCUUUCUUGGCUCUCAGCCCUUGGGAGCUUUUUCCCUUGGGAAAAGAGAACCCCCUACCACAUGAUCUCUCUGGUAUGAGAAGCUGACAGUCCACUGCUAAGCUUUCCCCGCAUUGCCACAAAUAAAGGGCACCUCCCAACACAACUCCCUCUCCUGCUGGAAUGGGAAGAGAGGACACCGGCUGUUAAGAAAACUCUCAUGAGCGCCUGUCCUGGGGCAAACUCACAGUUUCUGGAGUCUCCUCUUACAGGGCUAAACCCAGGUGGGCUCUGACUGUUUAGGGUCCCUGUGCCUCUCACAGUCAUGUUUUCAGAUUUUUGGGAGAUCUGGGUUGGUCUCCCUUUUGCCAUGGUUCACCCUGGGGUGUGGCCAACAUGGCAGCGUCUCCUCUGCCCUCCCAGAUUCCAGGUUGGAGGGAGUUCAGCUUCGGGGAGACAGUCCACAGGCCUGCAGAUUUCCUCCCAUGCAGACCUCAGUGCAAGAUAAAGUCAGGCAAGGCUCUGCCACAGCACAACAGCAUAAUAAAUCCCCCUCUGGCUCCUCCCAGACUUAUUGUUCUAUUGAAGUUGUUUUGAGUAUGAUCAAAAGGAAGGAAGAGACUGUGCUAUCAGACCGAGGAAGAAGGAUGCUCUCCUGACCGCUCCUGUUGCCCUUGGCCACCCUUAUUUUAAAUAUGAGGAAACCAAAGGGCAACAUGCAGCCUAACCCCAUCCACAUCAUGGGGAGCGACGCACCGAGGCCCAGGCCCCGUGAACCUUUGGCGAGGCAGCAGCCCCUGCACAAACUCGCCAAUGGCUACUUUGGAUGUGCAGCCCUGUCCUUUUACACACAUCGUGGAGGCUGGAAGGCCCACGCACAGAGUCAGCGGCACUUUGGGGCCAGAGCCAGAAGUAGGCCCUGGAGCAACUGAGGUUGCUGUUGUUAGCCCCUUGGCCUGAGAACUAAGGCUGUCAGGCCACAACUGUUGGAAAUAAUGGGCCAGACCAGGAACUCCCCAAGCUCAGCUGGCCGGGUGCCCACUUCUGAAGACAGUCAAUGGCUCAAGUUCUUGGGAAAUGUCAACAUCAGGGCUUUUGGGCUUGCCUAUGUCCAGUCCAGGUUCGGGCACAGGCAUAGGGUGAUGUGUGACAUCGGCCAUCACGGCUGGAUUCCUGCAAGGAACUAGAGCAGAAAGCACUGGGCUGCCCCAGGCUUCAAAGGUAGAAAGGGCGGAGCCGAACGUUCCUCUUCACAGACUUGCGGGCUCACGCAGCUCUCUGCCCUCACGGAGAGACAUCUGCCCUGCUCAAUGCCCAGUCUCUGAUUCGCCAGGUGCCUGGCUGCUGCAGCCUGGUCACCUUUGUUUGGGCUGGAAGGCCAUGUCUGAGCCAUCAAAGGAGCCUCCAUGGGAGAGUACGUCAAUGUGCUUCCUCAACCAGAAAGGUGGUUUGAGUUUGGCCAAAGCAGCCCAACCAAAUAAGCAAAAGCCUGUCAAUGGGAAGAUGUGGGCUGCUGGGAGAUCAGACAACAAAAUGAGAGCCAUUAUCAGUCUCAUCCCAGCCUGAAGGAGGGAGGGCCUUUGAAGCCACAGACAGGCUGAACAGAACUUUCCACCUGAGAGACGCUGGAGAUGGGAGGUCAGGCUGCACGCAGCCCCCACGAAAACUGAUCAAAGCCUACUGCAGAAGGGAGGGGUCGCACAGCUGCAAAUCCAGCUACCCCCCCGGGCUGCCCGGGACUUUCUGAAGGCAAGAGGGCUGCCUUUGCAGGGCCCUGUGGGAAAACCCAGCACAGAUGCACAUUGCAGCCAAACCCCUGAGCACUGCUGGGAGAGGGAAAAAUAAACCCCUCAAUAGUCCUGAAAAGAAAAGGGAGGGAAUCAAAGCACACAAAAAAUGCAAAGACCACCCACCUGAUGAGCGCCUACCUUUCGGAAACAAAUAACUCCUGACUUCCAAGGCUCACUUCUAAAAGAACAAACGGACUGAACACUCUGCCUCAAAGCUCCGUGCACCAGGGGAUUUGUGGGAAGCCGUGGCCCCUUCUAAGCAUCGGAAGCUUAAUUUAAAGUGUGUUUGGCCUCUGCGGUGCCUAUUCAAGGGCCCCUUUGCAUCCGCUCUCCUCCCUGGGAACCCGGGAGACAAGAAUCCUCAUUUAGAAAAGGAGAGGAUCCCGUAUGGACUCCUUUAUCAUGGUUCUCUCUGACAGGACAGCCGUAUCUGCCAGGGAACAUUCUGGGGGGCAUCUUUCAGGCUAGAUCCAGGGUGAGGUGGGCCCCUGCGAUGGCACCUUGGAAGGCAGUGUUGGUUCUGCCUGGACGGGUCCCUCUGGGACAGCCUCAGCCCACCCUGCCUGGGCUCACCUCUCCUCCCUGUGGCCUGAAGCCUCCUUUGGAGGACUGACACUUCAUGGACCCUGCAGUUUAGAGACAGACAGCAAAACCACUUCCACUGCACUGCUCACUGUCUCAAAAGAAUAGGAAAGCUCUUCUCUCCUCCUUGGGAAUGGGUUUGGAGGGAGGGUGGAGGACGUAAUGAUGGGGAGGCUUUGCAGGUACUUUGGUGGAGGAGGGUGUGUAUGAAGGAGAUGGGUCGCCCAGAGCACAGGGGAAAUUGACAUGAGAACAUUUCAGAACCACUGGUUUAACCGGCUAACAUUCUUUCCAAAAUGAUGGACAAGUCUUUAGAAGUAGACAGAGGGCCUCAGGGAGGAGAAACAUUGCCGAGAAAGAGGCAUCUCUCUUCCCCCUCCUCCAGAGGCUGAUGCUAGAGAGAAGGCGGCAAGGCCUCACUGAGCGCCUACCCACCACUCAAUAGAUUUCUAUCUCUUUAUUACUUUACCCUAGGAGAUGAAUGGGGUUAUCUCCAUUUUACAGUUGACAAACAGAGAUUCAGAGAGGUGACUGAGCCUCUUCCUAUGGAAGUGGACCCAUAUGGAAGUGUUGAGCUGGAAUUCAACCCUCAGGCAGCCUGGCUCCAAAGUUCACAACCUUUCCUACUCAUUUCAGCCCUUCCCUGCCUCUCAGGGCUGAGAAGAUGUUAGUAGAUGUUCCAUAAACGUUUAUUAAAUUGAACUGAACUCAGCAGCUGAACACACGCAGGCCUCUUCCACCCUGACCAAGAGGAAUCCUUUGAGGGUCUGGGAUAUGGAAAGAAAUUCUCAAAGAUGCUAAAUAAAAUCAUGCUCUGAGGUACAAGGAGACCUUUUUUUUUUUUGAAAUUAAUAGCUAAUAAAGUUUAUUCAGACCCCAAAAAGGAAAAACAGAAAGGAAUUGGAACCAUUUUAAAAACAGAGUCGGUAGAUAAUAAAACUUCAUGGUGGUGGUGUUAUCUUUCAUCAGGAAGCACAAAGUCUUCACAGGCUUUAAUUAUAUCUUCAUCCCCACGGUCCCUUCUGAAGUUGGUAGAUGCACGUUAAUAGCACCUUUCAUUUUAGGUAUGGACACAUUCCAGUACCAAAAGCUUCAGGAGUUCUCCCCAAGGCAAGCAGGGUACAGAGCUGGAUCUGGAGCAAUGACUCCUUCUCCAAGCCAGCAUUCCAUGCUACCUCCAGUUGUACUUCUUGACUCCGCAGCUGAAACCAAGGACUUCAUUGAGAUAUUUGGGGAUAGGGGGAUCUGAAGGUCCAGGAAAGAAGGUAGGCAAAACCAAGGAAUUAGGUCUCCAUUUUGGCCGGCACACCAUAUAAAUCCCCGCUUUGUUCACCCAUCUGCACAUUCUUUAAUUUAGGCAUGUGUUCAUUUGUGUACAUCAGUGAGUUUGCUCACAGUCACAAGGGUGCCGAAGGCUGAGCUUGGCCACUCACUUUAGGUAAGGCCACACCAAUUGGUGCCUCCGAUCAUGAAGGGUGGAGAAAGGCAUCUGGGCUGGGCCCAUUGUGACUCUCAGGAGGGAAACUCUCCCAGUGGACUCUGGGGCCGGGAUGUGGAGGCUCAGACAGCUAGAGAUGGGAAAGGGAACUUAAAUUGCAAAGGAGUAAUCUUUUGUUUUGCUAGUUCGUUUUCAAUCAUUUCCCAGCCUAAAAAAGAAUUAAUAGUAAUAAUAGCAUAUGGCUUUUUAAUGGCUCUCCAUCGCCAAAUACUAUUUAAGCACAAAUUUCUUCACUAGACACUGGCGCUCAGUCUCCACACUUGGAGGUGUGGCUCCAUCUGGGACUCCAGUCUCAUUUCUUAUUCUUAAUUUCUGUACAGUUAUGCCCAAUUUUUGAACUGCGGACCUGCAAGAGAACAGGGAGUUUCAGCAAGGGGUCCAUAACUGUGAAUGCCACGCCAAACAUGGGCAGCAGCUGAAAUCAACAGUAUAUAAAACUCAGGCUAAUUUGAAAGGCUGUCAAACUUCUAGCAGCUCCUUGUCAUUAUGUGUUUUCCUGGAUACAAAGUUUGACAACUGUUAAAAGAAAAGGCCUGCAUUGUGAUCACGGUUUUCAACCUGGGAUCCAAGGACCCCCUCAGAGAGUCCCUGAAGUAUAGAUGGGGGAGCACGAGGAUGGAUCAGGAGCAGAUGGUGACACCCCAUCCCCGCACACACACAACUAACUUCUCCCUGUAACCAGAGAGACUGUUUGGAUCAACUCUGUACACUGGGCUUUCUAGUAAGAUUUUAUUUGAAGAAAGGACCAGGGAGGUGAGUGGGAUCGAAUUUGCAAGCGAUAGCUGCAGACUAACUACAUGUAUUUCUAGCCAGUCCCUUGCUACAGUUCUGUGAGGCACAAUGAGAAAUCUGUCACACACCACAGUUCCCUCAUAGUGUACACCGCCCCGGGGUGUACACUAUGAGGGAACUGUGGUGUGUGAGUGAUGCAACAGAGACAUUCUCUCUGUCCAGAUCCACAUGGUAAGAACCCUGGGUUUGUUAAUGUCUUAGAUGCAUUAAGUCCCAUCUGGCUCUUAGAAAUAGCAAAUGAGCUUGCAGAUUAGCCAAUCUUACUGUCAAUGCAAAGGCAGUGUCCACUUUGCAUAUGUACUGCUAAGGGAAUCAUUAGAACAUUCACUGCUGUUGAGGGUCGGGUGGGGACUUCUUUAUAUACCAGCUUUUCUUGUGGGCCAAAAUUCCUAGAGAAAUAGUGGCCACUUGGGGCCCAUUUUUAUCUCCUUCAGUUUCUGCCCAAAUUUGUCUUUGCUUAUGUAGCUGGGGCUUCCCACGCAGGCUCUCGGGACACAGUUUGUCCUCAAGCAGGCUGGGCCUAGAACAGCUGUAGUAAUAAGAGGUGACAAAGCAGAACUUUGAGACAACUUGCACAGAUUCUUUAGCUGAGCCUCCGUUCUCCCAGCCAGGUUUCAGACAGGGUGACACAGAAAGAAGGCUCCGAACAAUCCCGAACAGUGCCCAUUAGCGGGUGAAGCUCAGGCAGGAGAUGGGAAGGGAUGCCUUUAUCUCUGCUUUCCACCCUGCCGCCCAUACCUCACUCUCAAAAGCCACCUUCCCAGCACUCAGACUUGAGGUAAAUGCUACAAAAUGGGGUGGAAACCUCUCAUGACCUCCUCUCUGUUGCAUGAAUGCCUGUUAGAAGCAAAGGAAAACAAUAGCAAACAGACCCAGGCCUGUCACAGCUGUGCUGGGCCCAGCUGGAAUGUGGCUGUGUGUGCGCGGGCAUGUGUGCGUGCACGCCGGUGCACACAUGGGAAUAUAAACAUCCUUGGCUCCCCAGCUCCUGUGUGCUGGACUGUGCUGAGCAGGCACAAGAUCUGCGCGGAUCCAAGGUGGGGAGGGACAGCCCCAGCACACCUAGGUGCUCUUGUUUAUAUAUCGAAAUGUGGGUGGGCAGACAAAAGAGAAGGUUUGGGAACGGCCGUGUCCCCAUGUAUGUAUGGGCAAAUCUCACUGCUGAUAUGUCUUGGGGGAAAUUGAGGGAAAUUUUGUGCUUGGGUAUGUGUGCAUGCCUGGCAGGUGCCCACACUCCAGUGUGCAGAGGAGGAAGCCGAAAGAAAGUUUCGAGAUUCUGUGAACAAUCUCAGUUAGAAAAAAAUCUGGCAACUCCCCAUACCACAGGUGGGUACACAUUCAGUGCUUGUGAAGUUCAUUUCCUGUGCUAGUUUACCAGGCCUUGUUUAUACAGGACACAAAAUGUGAUUGGUAGCAAAAGCUCCAGGUCUCCGGGGUGAGUUGAGGGCGAGUGCGUUUGCAGAGGGGCUGGGGAAGGAGUGUGGGCAUCACGCCCAGGUGCCCGUGAAGUACAAAUGAAAUCAAUUUUCAACAUUAAUCCAUAAUUCUGCCAAUAUAUGUUCAGAGGGGAGACAAAGCAGAGCUCUGAUUUUGGAAUGACGCCUUCCUUCAUUGCUGCAGUGCCGUUUCAGCACCUAAUCUGCACGGGCCAGUGGCAGCUCGGGUGCCCUUGUGUGUGUUCAUGGGUUUGAAAUGCAUCUAGCUGGCUCUGCUUUAAGCUUUAGUUUGUGAGCCCAGCCCCAGGAAGUGUUUAUGAGCUUUUGCUCUUAGCUUUAUUCUGACUCAGCUUUGUUUGGUAGCGCAGAAGGGUAGAGUUUGACAUAAAUCCUCUGUUCUUUGUGUGAGGGCUUCAGAUUGCAGAGGGUCCUAGGAGUGGCAUUCUGUAGGAAAGUUGAGGAGUUUGACCCAAACUCGUGAUUACACACCUGCAAGUGAAAAUUCUGCACACCUCGAUAUGGGAAGAAACUGCGCUCUCUAAACAAACUCCUGGGCACGUGACUGCCUCAGAGUCUCCUUGCCAGUUUGUUCAUCCAAAUGGUGAGCAGCUCACAAUAGACACUCAGUGACUGCUAAUUCACCGUGGUAUGUUUCAUUCCACUGCAUUACAAAGUGCCAGCGUCACUCCUCAGCAUAGCUCGGGACCUUGUCCAGUCAGCUGUCCUGAACACCCACUUUGGUCCACGGUUCACAUUUGUGGGAUAGUUAUGAGCCUCUGCCCUUCUUCCAGUCUUGACUUAAGGAAGCAAUGGCAAAAUCUCCUGGCUGUUGGGUUCCAUGGAAUAGAAAGCCUGAAUCCACCUGGAAACCAAAUCUAGACAAAAUAGAGCUUUGAGGUUUACACCCGCAACCCUGUGCUGUCAGAAGCAGAGGGUACCAGGGGAUGCACUGGAGGCUCCCUGGGAGGCAGAAGCCAGAGGUGCUGUGCCAUGUUCUCCAUCUGGCCAAGGGCUUAACGCUGCUGAAGACUAUUUCUGAGCAGAGUCCCCAUGAUGAGGGGACCCAAAGAUGCUGAUGGGGUCGUUUCCCAGGCUUUGCCUUGGUCCAGUGCAGGGCUUCAGUUGCUGAGGGUGAUGGCAGUUUGCUUUAUACUUGGUCCCUGCUCAGUUGGAGUCCUCUGCUACCCUCUGGCAAUUCAAAACCUCUAGUCAUUUGGAGACCUCUGAACAAAGCAAAACUCUAAAAACUGGGACCCAUGGCUCCUCGAUGAAUUCUGAAACCGUGUUGAGGUACUGCCUAAAAUUCAAGGAGAAGCUUACCAAGGAAAGGGGAUUUCAGGGCAGCAAUGGAAAUAGAGACAGUGAGGUACAGGCCACUUGCUAUCCCUUAUAGGAACUUUCAGCUCCUGUUAGCCAGAGACCUUUUCAGAGUCAACAUUCUGUGUAAGCCAGCACGGCACGCUGCUGGUCUGCGAUUCUGUUCAAGGCCCAGACAUAACCAGCCUUCAGGGGGGUUCCAGACCACUGAGAUCGCAGCCUGGGGUGACAUCCUACCUUGGCUGGAAAGGUCUCCACCCCAGGCCUGGUCCUCCAGGAAAUGGUUCCCGUGGGGAGAGCUCCUACUGCUUCAAGACAGCAGCUUCCUUGGUGUCAUCAGUUUACCUGCCAGUCUCGUCCUUCGGAGGGUACCAGUUUCUCUGGCUUCCCUGCCUGUCCCCAGAAUGACCCCAAAGUUUAUUUAGCCCCUGAAAGCCUUGGAAGUGAGGGUGCCUGCUUACUAGUGAAUAGCAUUUGCAUUGGAGGUUCUUCACCCAGGGUUCUCUACAAAGGGUUGGCUUUUAGGGAAGGGCAAGGUGACCCUGCUUUGUCUUCCUGAAGCACCACAUGUGCCUCUAUAUCACUGUGCCUGUCAUGCAGUCAUCAUCCUCUCCUUCCUUGUCUCGGCCCCACUAGCCUAGAAGCGCCUGAAAGGCAAGAGCUGUCUUAGAGGCACACUGGGAGAAGAGGGGGCCCCGGGUCCUGAUUGAGUGGAGGCCUGCCUAGGGCCAGAUGGCCUGGGCUUCACUAGCCACUGGGUCUGGAUAAAGGGGGUUUUCAAGGGGUGAGUGUAGUCCGGCUUAUCUGAUUCUCAUCCCUACUUCCUGAUAGUACUGUUUUUCACCUUGGAAGUGAAGACACACUUCCCUGAGCCCCUCACUCGGUUGUCAAGUGGCUGUGUGGCACACGUAAGGGAGCCUUGCUAUGUUAAAGCUCCCCAGCUCCCUUCAUUACAUCCCAUGGACAAAGGACCAUGCCAUGACUCAGAGGCCCAGCUCUUUCUAACUAUGCUGUUCCGUGAGAGAACUUUAGUGAGUUGCUUUAUCUCAGUGACUCUGUUUCUUCAUCUGUGAAAUGGGAGUGUAGGGCUGUCAGGGCCAGUACUUGGAAGCUUAGCUGAGUGGCAUGGUGUGGGCCUUCCGUUCUAUUGUCAUUGCUCAAAUAAGCAUGAAGAUACUUUCCUGAAGAGGGAUGUUUGGAAGGAAGGAACCAAGACUUUGGUAUGGGGUGGGCAUGGAGUAAAUCCUAAAUCUGUCACUUGUUAACAGGCUUGUAAGUCGAAUUCCUGCCUAGUAAGAUUUCAGAUAGUUCUCUAGCCCAGGAGUCAGCAAACAUUUACUGAAAAGGGGCAGAUAGUGACUAUUUUUGGCUUUACAGGCCACAGGGUCUCUACCACAACUGCAAGGCAGCCACAGACAAUACGUAAACAAAUGCACAUGGCCCUGUUCCAGGAAGACUUUAUUUACAUCAGGCUGCAGGCUGGAUUUGACCAGUUCAGCCAUGGUUUGCCUCCCCCUGCUUUAGCUUGUGAGGGGUGCCCCACAAGCACUCGGGAAAUUAAUUUGUUGAACAUAGGUGAGUAGAGGCCUCUGCCAGUCCAGAUCUUCAAUUUUAACUCUGUUUAUACAGAGCCAGAUUCUGUGUUCUUGCCACUGAGUCACAGCUGCAAGACCCUCACCUCCCCUUAGCCCUCCUCCCCCAGCUUUGAGUGAUCCCAGGCUCCUUCAAGCCCGCUGCUGAGUGGGGAGCAGUUUCUGUGCCUUCCAGGAUCUUCCGCCUCCCCCACCCUGCACUCCCCACCCAGGUCCUUUCCCUCCAUCCUGAGUUUGUGGGACACACAAUUUGUAAUCUCCUUAAAACUAAAGAAGUGAAGUCUCUGAUUCAUGUAGAUUAAAAUCAGCUGCAACCUAUUAAUGGCCCAGGGCCCAAGACAGAUUUUAGGAAACAAAAACACUGGACCAAAUUAGACUGAGCCGGCCUCUGUCUCCAGGGAAGGGAGGUAAAGUAGGAGGCUGGGGGCGGGGGAGUGGCCAUGUGGUUUUCAUUACUUUGGAUUCUCUUCCUGAAGCAAAGUCACCCAACACAAAGUGUGUGUAGCGCCAAGGCAGCGGCCAGCUCUGGAGCCCGGCUCUCCCUGGUAGAAGCCCUGGGUCCUGUUGGGGGGCUAGGGCUGGUUGUGUGUCUGUAAUUAACAGGUUUCAAAGUGGUUAUUUAGGAAAAGAGAAUUUCAGUGGCGCGUUAAAAUCCUUUCAUCAGCCAUCAGCUGGCGUCCGGAGGCCUUCAGCAAGGCCUGAGCCACUUAAAGCUUCUGAGAGCUUUAAAUUCCCAGGGUCUUGUUUUGAGAAUGUGGAGGCUUUUGCCAUGGUUUUAUUGGACUGAUGGUUGCCAUGAUUUUCAUUAUGUUGUUUGGUUCCUGGGAUCAUAAAAAUGUUUGUCCCUUCCUAGAGUACCUAGGAUCAUUAAAAAGAAAAGGAAAAAAAUGCCCCUGUGUUUGUAGCCGCUACGUCACAUACAAACCAUGGCUUCCUUGUUGGAGAGGGGCCAGCUCCGGUUCUGGGCUGGGGAAAAUCAUAAAGCUGCAAGGGACAGGACAAGCAGCCACACCCAGUCCCCACCUCUCGCCCAUCCGAGGACACUGAGGCCCAGAGAGAUGCUCAUCUAAAGCCGGUCUGGAAUCCUGGUCCCACUCUCGGUCAGAUGCUCUUUCUCUUCCUGAGAUGGGGUCUCACUCACCUCUAAAACAAAGCUCAUCUCAAACUCCUGGCCUCACGUGAUCAUCCCAUCUCGGCCUCCCAAAGUGAUGGGAUUACAGGUAUGAGCUACCCCACCCAGCUGGACCAAUUUCUUUAGGCGGGCAACUUUAAAUUAUUUUGGCUUUAAGGACUUCUGUAUAUGCUUAACAGUUAUUGAUGAUCCUGAAGAGCCUUGGUUUAUGUGGGUUGUAUCUAUUGAUAGAUCCCGUGGUAGCCAGCUUCUAGAAUAGCCUCCAAAGGUCUUAUCUCCUACUAUUCAUGGCCUUGCGUAGUCUCUUCCCACAUUGACUCAGGGCUGGUCUGUGCGACAAGUAGAAAAUGGCAGAAGUAAUGGUAAAUGAUUUCAGGGGCGAGGUUAUAAAAGAGACUACUUGUUCCUACUUGGCCUCUCUUGUUCACUCUGGAGAAAAGCAGUUCCUGUGUUUUGAGUACACCAGGGAAAGACCUACAUGGAGAAGGACCAGGGCCUCCUGUUCACAGCCAGCAACACUGGCCUGACUUGCAAAUGAACUAUCUUGAAGGCAGAUCCUCCAGCCUCAGUUAAGCCUUCGGAUGACUGCAACCUCAUGAGAGACUGCCUCCCCCGAACUGCCUAGCCAAGCCACUCCUGAAUUGCCUAACCACAGCAACCAUAGAGAUAACAAAUGAUUACUGCUGCCUGAAGCCUCUGUUGUUUUAGGGCACUUUGCUAUAUAGCAAUAGAUAAUUAAAUAAUUUACCAUAUUAAAAACUAAAACCGAAAAGUAAUAUUUGUUCAUUUAAUAUUUAUUCAUGAUUAAUGAAUAAAUUAACAUUUAGUAAUUUAUUAAAAUGCCUAUAUUUGUUAAUUCAUUUAAACAUUAAAAAUAACAUUUUGUUAUAUAAUAACUGUGUUUUUAAAAAGGAACCCAAGUGAGAAGAGUGACAGUGUUUCACAUUUUUGCAAAUCUCUUGAAUGUCUGGCUUAAUAGAAGACAGCUGGUUUCUCAUAUCGGCUUCUGCAUUCAAUCAGCUGUGAUAAUGUUGUUUUGGUUGAAGUACGUGAAGGAAACCCAGCCUCACAUAGAUAUGUUGUUGGAAAAGGGAGGAAUAUUUUAAUAGUCUUUUCAGAUAAUUGUGAAUAUUCUUCUUUGACAUUAUACCAAAACUCAACCAAUAGUAGAUUACUAAGGUUAGUUGCAAUGUGGAAUCUGAAACUAUAUCAAUGAACUUUUUAUGCUGUUAUGUUAAAAUUCAUUUGUCUGGCUUGUACUCUGAAUAGAUCUUUGCUUAUGCAUGAUUUUAUAAUACUAUGCAUGGGUCAUUUGGAAAAUAUUACUUCACUAAGUCAUGCAGAUUUUUCUAAUUUGAUAUAUUUCAUGAUGAAAGCGAAAAGUUCUUAUUUGUUAGUAUCACCACUGAUCUCAUCAAAAACCUCUAUAAAUGCUGGGAAGGUGUUACAUUCACUAUGGCAGAGACAGGUUUUUAAAACUUCUAAUUUCUGCUUCAUAUUUCUAUUUUGGCAGAAAAUACUGUCAAUUAUUGUAUUUCUUGAAGUCAUGAGCUCAGUUUGUUCAUUUUUGAGAAAAUGCCUGUCAAGUUACCAAAUCUGAAUUAGCGUGCGUUAUUUGGUCCUUUUGGGUAAACACUGUGUUCCAUGCAGGUGGCUGGUGCCGCUCACAGCUCAGGACACUGACCAAGUGCUUUUCCUCCAGAUGACCAUCACACUUCAGGAUGCACCGGAAAUACUUGAUACUUUCUUUCCAAGUCAUCACACAGAAGAAAGAGAAAGAAACAGGGAGAGAGGGAGCGGGGAGGAAGGAAAAAAGGGAGGAAGGAGUACACUUUUGGGCUAGGUUUCAUAAAAGUAAUAAUUUUUACUGUCUAAUUUACACAAUCAGGCAUGAUUUUGUAAAGCAAAAACCUUUCAUUUUAUUCUUCAGUGAAACUGGCUUUUUUUCCCCCCUGUAAGUUUGUAGCAGUGAAGGAUACCAUGACUGCCAGUAUAGUCCGGCGCCAGCAAUUUUAACCAGACGUCAACACAGAGAAGAAGGCAAGUAACAUCUUGGUAUUAUUAUGAAAAUAGUUUUGAGCUUGCAGACACCUGUGAUAGGGUCUUGGGGAUCUCUGGGGAUUGCAGACCUCUCUUGGAGAAUCAGUGCUUUAGGAGAUGGCGGACAUUCUACUACUUGUAGUGUUUACAGGUAAAUGUGCUCUAUGCUAAGAUGUAUAUGUACCGGGUCUUCAUGCACAAUUGUAAUCACCACUGUUUAGUGCAUAAACUAGAAAACAUGUCAUUAGGUAUCAGCCUAUUCUUGUAGAUGGACUAGAUAUGAGACAGGCAUUUCAUUUAAGGGAUAUAUUUUUACGCUUUUAUUUGUCCCACUUGUCACAGGUAUAUGGAUGGUGAGGAAGCUAGGCUGUAAGCCAUUUCUGAAACUAUCAGUGUGGAAUAACUAAGGUACAUAGGGAAGCCAACACUUACACCCCUUCCUUUGUAACUCUUCUACCGCCUUGAUCCAGUGAGCCCGGAAAGUUCAGUGGCCUGAGGAAAACAUCCUUUUUAGAGGAGCAGGGUUCCCUCAACUCCAGUCUAGAAGUGAGCAAAGUUCUCAUGUUGGCAGUACCUGCAGUAUAGGACAAGAGAAGCAGCUGGCCCAGAAGGCUGCGUUUGUUCAAAUGGUCAUGGCACCUGUGAGCACUGUAUUGCCGUGAAAGAGCUCAAGUCAUUGCCUCUGCUAAAGUGCCUCCAAAUUCCUACACAGUGGACUUAGAGCAAGACAGGGCGGUGGCAUGAUUGUUUUCCAUUCUUGUUCAGUUGGGCUUACACAUCCUCUCACUCCCGACAGGCAGAAUAGGCUUGCGCCCACACCUGACUGGGCUCAGCUCUUCAGCGAGGGAUUGCGUAGUUGCUCCGCCUGUGACUGCUGGCCCCGGUCUGCAGGCGGGAAACAACAGGCAGUUGUGUCCUGAGCCCUGGGAACUGGAGAUCUUUCCACAUCUGUUUGCCUAGUCGGGGGCGGGAGGAAAUCACCAGAACCUUCAAACAUGGGGCCAGGGCAGGGAGACAAAGGGGAAGCCUUAAGCCGAUGGCGACCCCGGGUCAUAUGAGCACCCCCCCCAGGCUUCCCCCAUCCCCUUUCAUCCCCUCAGGUCCCCAACACUCAGCCUUUUCAUCCUUCUCCAGGUCAGCAGGAUCAGGUUAAUGUGAGUUGACCAGAAAGCUUAUCAAAUGAAGGCAGAGGCAGGUGUUUGAAGCCCCUUCCCUGCUGAAAGCUGGGUUGAACAAGGUUAGCAGUGUAACUCAGGCCAACAUCCUACAAGAAUUGCAUUUUCUUUCCUGGAGCUCCUCUUCCCCCUUCCUCGGUCUCUGGGAGCCAGUAACCAAAACAAACCAUUCAAAAAAUGAAGGAUUUAGGGGAAAAACUUCGGAGAUGUGACAUUCUGGACUGGACAGCGGCCUUUCUAUGCCAGAGCCUAGGAACUAGCAUUUGAAGGCAUCUGGCCACUUCCACUCAGUGGGUGUGCUGAAAUCAGUUACUAUGGGCUUAUCAGAAGUGAUUGCACAAACCUUUUCCCAACUUCACAAUCAUGAUGUCCUAUUUGUAGCUUGAGUCGACCAAGGUGGGAAUAUUUAUACCACAGAAACCAGCAAGCUAUAAACCAGGCGUUUCCACCUCCAGAGCCAGUUGUUAAACAUUUAUGGGCACACCGAUGCCUCCACUGUAGCUAUUGUCACUCAAAGUAUGAUUCUCAGACCAAUUACCUAGGAAUUUCCUAGAUAUCAGAAAUAAGGUGGGGCGGCAGGGUUGUUAUUUAACAUGCAGAUUUCCUGGCCAAUCUGAAUGAACUGAAUCAGAUUCUCUGGAGGUAGAGCCUGGGGAAAUGCUUUUUAGCAAGUCCCUAAGGUUAUUAAUAAAUUCAAUAAAGUUUGAGACUUUCGGCCUUAGGGAGUAGGAGAAAAGAGUGGGUGUGCAUCUGACUCUUGGCAUCUGGAAGGAACAGCCGGCUUCAGUCCCAGCUGGCCUGAGAAUGGACAGCUGUUUUCCCUCGAGAUAUAAACUUCGUGACAGGAAAAAGAGGUGGGAAUUCUGGGGUCUCAGCUACCCACUGACAACAUGACUGGUCCUGCCUUGGAACUCAGGAUGAAUCCAUUUUCCAACUUGAGACUUUGACCCAAGGCAGCAUGAGCAAAUGUCCAGAUGUAUGUACAACAUGGAGAAAGUCACCAUCAUUUGUACCAUUGGUGGGGCCAGUGGAGCCCAGGGAAAGACCAGAGUCCGUUUUCCAUAUUAGAUUGCCCAGGACAGUGUUUUUCUUGCAGAUUUGUCUAGACAUUAUCAGCUUUCACAACCAGGCAUGAUUCUGUAAAACAAACACUUUGUUGACUUCAUCCCUCUGAACUGGAAGGGAAGGUCUUUUAAGGCAGAAAGAAAAAGAGAAGAAAAGGAGAAGAGAGAAAGUUUCUUUGCCUAGAUGUAAAACAGAAAGCUCAUAAGGAGCUUAACUCUGCUUUUGACUGGUUUUGCACCUGCCUGAGGGAGUGGUUUAGACUGGGACAGGUAGUGUGAAAACAGAGCUAGUAAGUGCAAGAGCUGGGGUUUGGACCCCAAUUUUUAUGGC